CACUUUUAGUUUAGUAAAAACCAACUUCACAUAUAUACAAGAGUAUGAUCGCAGUCGCAACCGAUCGCAAUUGACUGACUUACACUUUUGUUGUUUCCAUCAUCACUGCGCUCCCGUAAUGUGUUUUUCAAAUUGAUCUGAGAGCAGAAGCAGCCGCGGCCAGGGCGAACAACAUAACACAUAUCUAUAUCUGCAUUGCUAUAUAUGUAUGUAUGUGCAUAUGUACACAUAAUACAAACAAAGAUCGGGUAGAACGAGCGAUCAUUUGGAGCGAGGCACAAUCGCAAUCAACCCCAACAGCUGCUUGCCGUCAGUUGUUGAUUAGACUGCACGGCGGAAAGAAGUCUUUAAACAGCGAUCAACGACUUCUGUGCAGUCUCACAGAAUCGAAGUGAUAUUUAUAGUAUACGGGUACGCGUAUGUACUAUAUACUACACCUUCUGCUUUAUCUUGACGCAAAGUGAUAAGCAAUCGGGCGGAAGAACCACACAACAGCGAUAAUACAUUGUAUACGUAUUAUCUAUUUAACUUGCCGUCGACUGUGAUUUUUUGUUUUUUUUUUGUUUUGUAACUAUAAAAUACUGCAACAUGCCGAAAGAUAAAAAACCCACACCCGAACAGAUCACCGAGGUACGGAAGCGUUUCCUAGAGAAAAUGGAAUUCGAACCGCCAGAGGAUGCAUUCCAUGAUAAAGACAUUGCGCGGAUAAAAGACAACGAUAUCUGGUUAUCGCAGCUUCUUCAAGUCUAUGAUCUCGAUGUUGAAAAAACGCUGCAACGUCUAUGGGAGAAUUGCGCUUGGCGCAAAAGUUUUGGGGUCAAUGAGAUCGACGAGAGCAAUGUGAAUGCGGAAUAUUUGCACGAUGGCCAGAUCUUUGUGCGUAACAAGGAUAAGGAUGGCAAGCCGUUGCUUAUACUCAGUAUGAAAAAGCAUUCGAAAAGCCAGAAUAGCGAUGAAUUAAUGCGUAUCAUUGUCUAUUGGAUUGAGCGGAUUCAUCGUGAGAAUUAUCUAGAGAAAGUCACCAUAUUUAUGGACAUGAGCGGCACAGGCUUGAGCAACGUGGACUUGGACUUCAUUAAACGAAUAAUUGAACUCUUUGAAACAAAGUAUCCCAGUGCGCCCAACUACAUUCUAGUACAUGAUCUGCCAUUUUUGCUAAAUGCUGCCUUUAAGAUUGUGAAGACUUUUUUGCCUGCCGAUGCUUUGGAAAUACUAAAAGUAACCUCCAAGAAGGAUAUUACGCUCUAUGUGGAUAAGGAUAAUUGCCUGAAGCUGUGGGGAGGCAAUGAUGACUAUGAAUACAAAUUUGCCUGAUUGUCACAACCUGGUAGUAACACUUUUGUAUUUGUUGUAAAUUUGUAAUUCAAAGCCAAGUUGUACUGCAAAGCUUUGCAUUGAGCUUCGUAACUAAGUAUUAUUCUCACAUUUGCAUUCUCACGCACUCUCUCUUUCAAUCGGAGGCAGUGUUGCCAAUUAAGCUAUUUUUCCGCCAACUCUGAAGUGCUUAUUGGAUGUCGCCAAUGCAGCUAUUUUCUCUUCAACUCUGAAGUGCUUGUGGGAAGGUCAGAUGAGUUUUACACAAAGCAAUACCAAAAAGACCCUAGGAUAAAUAGCUACAAAUAUUUACAUUUUCAUAUUUCCUUUUAAUUAUGUAAUAUGGCAAUCAAUUUUAUUUCCCCCAAGAGAGAGAAAAACAUUACCGUGUUGGCACCAAAUAAUAAUAAAAAGUUUCUUUGUCAAAA